CCGCUCUCGGCUAUUUUCGUUGUUGCUGGCUUUUUCAGGGGCUGCUCGCUCGCAGCCAGAGAAGCUGCUUUUUUUUCCGGGUUCGGAGCCGUUCCGGAUGCUUUAGGCUGCCGGAUGUCUGAUCUCCGAAUAACUGAGGCGUUUCUGUACAUGGAUUAUCUGAUCUUGAAAACAACAAAAAUGGAUGAUUAUGAAGAAAUGAUGGAGAUGAAGCAUCAAGAUCUCACAGGCUCAUUGAUGUGUUUUAGAGCACUUUGCUGCAAGGGACCACCACCUGCACGACCUGAGUAUGACCUGGUUUGCAUAGGCCUCACAGGUUCUGGCAAGACCAGUCUGUUGUCAAAGCUCUGCAGUGAAAGUCCCGAGAACGUCGUGUCGACCACAGGUUUCAGUAUAAAAGCAGUGCCCUUCCAGAAUGCCAUCUUGAAUGUAAAGGAACUUGGAGGGGCUGAUAAUAUCCGGAAAUAUUGGAGCCGCUACUACCAAGGAUCUCAAGGGGUAAUAUUUGUAUUAGACAGUGCCUCUUCAGAAGAUGAUUUAGAAACUGCUAGGAAUGAACUGCACUCAGCUCUCCAGCACCCACAGUUAUGCACUUUACCCUUUUUAAUAUUGGCCAAUCAUCAAGACAAGCCAGCUGCUCGAUCAGUCCAAGAGACCUUUGUGUCCUAUGAAGACAUAAAACCCCGGGGAUGUAAAUAAUAAGAGACUAAAAACAUGGACACCUUAUGAGGAUUGCUACUAUUGAGACAUCAGAUGGUGAAUAUAUACAGAUGGACUCAUUAAAUUUAAAAUUCUUUUUACUUUUAUCUGCUUACACAUACCUUUUAUUUGAGUAUUAUUGUACUAGGUAUAAUUUUAAAAUAAAACUAUAUAUUCAAAUAGAGAAGAUCACAAGAAGAAAAUGCAUAUAUUUUACUCUGUACCUCUAAUGCCAUUAAAUUAAAAUCCCUUUGAAUUUGUGCAUGGUAGAAAUUUGUGCCUUCACGACAUAGCAAUAUGUCCUAUCCAUCCAGUUGAUGAGGGACAUUUAAACUCACCUAGAAUUUAGCAUUCUUUUUUUUUUAAGUUUGUUUGUUUGUUUGUUUGUUUGUUUUGAAAGAGGGAGAGAGAGAAUCCCAAGCAGGCUCUGCGCUCAACCCAUGAGACCAUGACGCGAGAUGAAAUCGAGAGUCAGGUGCUCAACCGAAUCAAUCACCCAGCCCUGAUUUCAGUGCUCUUAGGUGUCAAACUUUAUAAAAGUAAACACAAAUUAAAAGUUAGCAGAAUGCCAUCUCCUAUUUUGAUCCUUCUUUAUUAUUCUCCCCUUCUUCUCCGUUGUUUUUAAGCUUUCUCUUGAAUUUACGAUAUUUUACUGGCAAUCUGGAGUUGAUGAACUGUAUUAUUCCCCACCCAUGCCAUUAAGCAGGGGAAAAGGAUAAUAAUGAUCUUCUGCAGACAUUUCGCAGCCACACAGUGGGGUAGGUGCCAUCAUCAUCCUCAUUCUGUAGGUGAGGCUCAGGUUUUAAGGAAUUUACCUGGUGUUUGAAUACCAGUAUCUGUAUACUUUACAGACACAGGAUUUUUUUCUCGAUGCCAUUGAGAAUGUUAUGAUCUAGAUCUAGCAUAUAGUAAAGAUCCUAAUCAACAGUAAAAUUGCCAAAUUAGCUGGAAGAGAGGCUGCCACAGCGUGCGAAUAUUGAUUAUCACCCCAUGCAUAAAAUGGUUCCACUCUGGUUUUUUCUCUGUUACCAGCACAAAUGAGACUGGAAGGCAACACCUGGAAUGACGGGGCCCCGCCGGUCUCCAUGCUAUAUCUUGGUGUUGCCACUGAAGCUGUGCAGAGCUGGAAUGCUAGAGUAGCCAGCAAGGGGCACGGGAGUCCAGAUGAGUUUUGUGCUUGCAGGUGCUGCGGCACGCCCAGCUGGCUGAUACUCACACAUCCCGUCGUAAGGUUUCUUGUUACUGCCAGUUUGAGCCACUUUCAUGUCUCUUGGCUUUUCUUUUAAUCAAGGGGGCUAGAAGGUGGGAAACAUUUCUUUAGGGUUUAAAUGAUGUCAGUAAUUGGCAGGAGGAAAAAGGAAAUUUAAUCUGAGAGGAUCACAAAGUCAUUGGUCUUUUCCUUUCAUCUACUUACAUAUACUUAUACUGACACCAUCAGACUAGUCCCAUUUGCUUUGCCCAGGAUGUUACAUUGUUGACUGCACGUAGGGGUUGCCCAUAGUUUUAUAUGAAAGCAUUUCUCAGCCAUCCUCUGAAGUGAAAUGUUAAUAACACUCUUUCUCGAGCUUUGGAUUUAGUACAUCACACAACACAGAAGUUGGCUUCAGAGUUGGAGUCAUCUUGUAUAUGUGGUGAGAAGUUCAAAAUUACCCCUUAUUUAUACAGCCUUUGGCAGUUUAGGCAAUGCAUUUUGUCACCUGUUUGCUGUCUUAUGAAGAGCUGGAAAGUUUAUGAAGAAAUAGAAAAUAUGACUUUGAGCCCUUGACAUUUUAAAAUAAAUGUACAUAUUGUUAGUGACAGAUUGCUAAACUUGGCUUUAGACACUUAGCUAUGUUUCUUGCCAAAAGUAAUCCAGAUGUGCAUAAUUUACCCGGCUGCCAUAUGUGCACUGACAUGUCUUUCUAUAAUCAACUGUCUGUUCAGUAUGGUUACAGUUAAAUGUUCUUUUUUAUCAACAAUCUUUUGAAAUAGCACUAGCUUGAUAACUUAUUUUGAAUUUAACAACUUCUCAAAAAGUAAUGCGCAUCCAGUUUGGCUUUAAACCUAAGUGACCAGUCAUGUUGAGUAUCUAGAAAAGACAUUGACAGUCCAAAUUCUCUGGGGCCCUAUGUAUUUCAAGGGUGAAGAAUCUAGGAUCCCAGCGUCAGUAUGAUCCCAUUUUGCUGAGUUUCUUAGAGUGGAAUGGAAGGUAUAGGUACCUAAUUAAAUGUUGUCAAAGCAAUGAACAAUGAGUAACAUCUCUAACGAAGUAAUUCCUUUUCAAAAAGAAGUGGGAAAAAGAAAUCUUGAUUUGGGAUGAAAUAAAUACGUCAAAAGAGGACAUUUUAUUUCUUUCACUAACUCGGUAUCUUUUGUGCUAUGUGCUGGCGACAUUUGGGACUUUCCACCUGAGUUAGGGAGCAGCUGUCUUGAUUGCCAAGCCAUAUUUUUGCUGUUGUUGUUGAAGAAAGAAAUUAAUUUCUAGAGAAAUUUUAUAGAGAAAAAUUUUCUGGAGAAUAUAUAUGGUAGGGAGCAUUACUGCUCUUUUGCCAUUUUUUAAACCGAUCGUUAAGUAUCAGUGUGGAGAAUUUAGACUACAUGAUGAUCGCGUUGCCUGAAUGAUUGCACUAUCCCUGAGAGAUAGUUACCUUGAAACCCUGUCCUUGUUCUUUGUACUCAGUGACACUGAGCCACUAGCCUGUCUAGACAGGGGUUUUGUCAACCAUGUGUGUCCUUGUUUGUGUUUGUCCACAGCUGCAAUUAGGUUUUUCACACUGUCCCCAUCUGUGGAGGCUGGCUGCUCAGUGACCUUGGCCAGUGCAAAAUCUGUUGAAGCCCGUGUGUGGAGGGAACUCAGAGCACAGAUGGUAGCACUGAUGAUGGGGAACCGUCGUGACUGGUGCCUGGGCUGAUCAUAACCAACCCAUCCCGCCCACAGUAUGAUUUUAAGAGAGGUGUCCUGCAACCUACAAGACUCGGGUGAAAACUGGCUCCGCGUCGGCACAGAUGUCCCGACAAAGAUGAGAAGCAUCGGUGGCAUUCUUGGAGGGAGGUCUCUUCUUUAUCAUUAUCGUAGCCAAUGUGUAGCUCUUAUUUUCUAACCAACUACCACUUUCCCCCACUUUCCCCUUCCACUCCUCUAGAGUUUAGCAGGAGGUUCUGAACACAAGUGCACCAGAAAAGCACAGAGGCCUAUAAGAAUUCCAGGUUUCCCAGUCUGAAUGCUGCAGCUUGGGUCUGGUUUUGAAAACAGAGUAUGCGUUUGAAAAAAAAAAAAAACAAACAAAUCUGAUUUGGACUAAA